AUGGAAUGCCGAAAACAUCAGGCUCAGGUUGUUAUCCUUGUCUUCUAUGAAACAGACCCAUCGUGCGUUCGGAAGCAGAGAGGGAGUUACGAGGUAGCAUUUGCAAACCAUGAGCAGGAUCUCACUGAUGAUGAUUCUGAUCAAGACAAACUGCAUAGGUGGAGAACUGCUCCCACUCAAGCUGCAAAUAUAUCAGGAUGGGACGCUCGAACCCUACUCAAACUUGAGAAGUAUCCCAAUGAGAAAAUUUUGAAUGUGCUAAAAGUGAGCUAUGAUGGAUUACACAAUCCAACCAAGGAAAUAUUUCUGGACAUUGCAUUCUUUUUCAAAAAUAAAGAUAAACAUAUGGCUGUAGGGAUACUUGAUGCAUGUGAUUUUUUUGCAGCUAGUGGAAUAGAUGUCCUUGUAGAUAAAGCUCUUAUAACUUUUUCAUAUAAUAACAACAUACAAAUGCAUGAUUUGCUGCAAGAAAUGGGUUUGGAUAUAGUUCGUAAAGAGUGUUUGAAAAACCCUGGAACACGCAGCCGACUGAGAGAUAAUGAAGUUUAUGAUGUACUUAAAAAUAACAGGGGGGCUGACACUAUUGAAGGAAUAACUUUAGAUUUGUCUCAAGUAGUAGAUUUGCAAUUGAGUUCUAACACAUUCAAAAAGAUGCUUAAUUUGAGACUUCUUCGGUUAUACGUCCCCGAGGAGUCCAUUGACCUCAGUGAGGGUAAACAAUUGCUAAAGCUUUUGGAUUUGUCUAAGGCGUCAAAGCUUAAAGAAGUAGAUCUCUCCGGUUGUGAAAGUUUUCCUGAUGUUCAUCCAUCUAUUUUGUCUCUCAAAACACUUGAAUGA